UUCCAUUUGCAUGGAGGCUAAUGAGAAAAGCAAAAAGUUUAGGGCCUUCAGAAAAGAAGCGGCGUAGAGAAGAUCUGUGAGAUUCAGUGUGUGUGUGUGUGUGUGGGGUAAGCAAUGGGAGCCGAAAUGACUGUGGUGGAAGGCGAUGCUAUUGCUCCCUUUAUUCUUGGUCUCCAGCCAUCUGCUCUCGUCGACAACGUCGCUCGCGUUGAUUCCUCCUUCCUCGAUCGUAUUCCCGGCGAACGCGGUGGCUCCGUUCCCGUUGCAAUUGAAGAACUCGAAUAUAUACUGAGGGAGGUUAAAUCUAAUUCCGAUGAUGGUCAUUCUCAUUCUCCCAUGAAGACCUUGGCUGGUGGUAGUGUUGCUAAUACAAUUAGAGGACUAAGUAGUUGUUUUGGAAUUUCUAGUGGAGUUAUUGGGGCUUAUGGGGAUGAUGAGCAAGGCCAGCUAUUUGUCAAUAACAUGACCUUCAAUGCUGUCAACCUCUCAAGACUCCGUAAGAAGAAAGGACACACUGCACAGCAGUGUGUAUGCUUGGUUGAUGCCUUGGGUAACCGUACAAUGCGACCCUGUCUCUCAAAUGCUGUCAAAGUUCAGGCAGAAGAAUUGAAGAUUGAGGAUUUCAAGGGCUCCAAGUGGUUGGUGUUGAGAUAUGCAAUACUCAAUUUGGAAGUUAUUCAAGCAGCCAUUUGUUUAGCCAAACAGGAAGGCCUUCUUGUUUCUUUGGAUUUGGCCAGUUUUGAGAUGGUCAGGAAUUCCAAACUACCACUUCUGAAGUUACUGGAGUCUGGGAACAUAGACCUCUGCUUUGCCAAUGAGGAUGAGGCAGCUGAACUCCUAAGGGGAGAACAGAAAGCUGAUCCGAUAGCUGCAGUAGAAUUUCUUGCCAAAUACUGCCAAUGGGCUGUGGUAACAUUGGGCCCUAAUGGAUGCAUUGCUAAACAUGGGAAGGAGAUGAUACACGUCCCGGCCAUAGGGGAAUCAAAGGCAACUGAUGCUACAGGAGCAGGGGACCUUUUCGCAAGUGGAUUUUUGUAUGGAGUGAUCAAGGGUUUGUCACUAGAAGAAUGCUGCAAAGUAGGCUCAUGCAGUGGUGGAUCUGUUAUCCGCUCUCUUGGUGGUGAGGUGACAUUAGAGAAUUUGCAAUGGAUGUACAAGCAGAUGCAGAUAAAGGGUCUUCCCACGCCUGAUGAUUAUGCAAAUGAAUAGUAGCAAAUGUUGCUCCAUUUCUUCGUGUUUCCUUCUUCCUUUUUUCAACUCUUUCUUUUUUCGCUUUCUUUUUUUCUUUUUCAAUUUGCUGUUUAUUAUUCAACUCUUACUGUCAAUUCAAAUGACAGCUAUAAUUACAAUUUAUGGCUGGUUUGAUUAAUGCAUGGAAGACUAUAUAUUUUUCACGGAAAGAUUUGAUUUGAGCUUGAGGCAAGUAUGAACU